AUGCCAAGGCUGAAUCUAUAAUUAGAAAAGCCCUUCAAUUUCAGAACCCCUCAAAUCAAAUCAAAUCAAAUCAAUAAUGCAAGUCAAUCAAUCAUUCAAUCAACACCACCACCAACGAUCUUGACUUUUCUUCCGUUUUCUAUCCUUAGACUCUCUAUUCAUCUUCUUUGAGCCUCGUGGACGACAGAGCAUCAUCAUCAUCAUCACCAUCAGUCCCACUGAUUGACACCAACACGAGGAAUCAUUCCAUUUCGUCUGAUCCGUGAUCGGCGGUUUCAGUCCCUCCAGCAUCUCCAUCCCCGUUUCAGAUGCCUCGUUCAUCUUAUCAGCGACAGUUCACUGCCCUCGUCCGGUCCGCCUAGAAGGUCCAAACCUUCAUCGUCCUCCGCACCAUACAACGACCCGAAAGUACAAACAAACACAAAAAGACCCCCAAAGCCAUGGCAUACUCCCUCCCCACGCCUUUCACCCCCAACAACAGCGAAUUCGCUGCCCUCGACCCAUCGCGCGUCCCUGAUGGCACCAUAUCCAUCACCGCUCUGGCUCGCUUCGAAUUCGAAGCCGGCAAGGGCAACGACGGAACCAAGAUCCUGAUGAUCGAGUGGGAAGACGACGAUCUCAACCGAACAGGUCCUUCAACGGAUAACAACAACAACACUAAAGGCGGCGGCUCAUGGCACGUCGCCUGGGAAGGGAAACAGGCGGUCCUCCCCGCCGACGAGAAGACCAAGGACAACACGCGCCGGUUCUACUUCCUCCUCCCGCCGCACGUCACCAUCCCUCCGACCGUGACGCUCUUCUACGAAGCCGCCCCCGCCGAUCACGACCAAAAUACUGCUGCUGCGGCGGCGGCGACGACGGGAAAGGCCCCCGAGCCGCUGCAUCUGAACCCCUUACCCGCCAUCUUCCCGCCGGAGCUGGGGGCGGACGGCCGCUCCGCAGGCAAGAAGGGGGUGCUGCACACCAUCUGGGCGAAGAAACGACUGCAGGUGCUGGACAAGGAGAUCCGCGACGAGUGUCUGGCGAAUGUUGAGGGGAUCGCGCUGCACAUGGCCCUGCAGGAGAAGGAGUGGAUCGAGACCAACUUCGGGGUCUCGUUGACAGAGCGCAGUCCGCCGGCCAGCCAUCCGGAUCCGCACUAUCCCAUGGGUCCGGCGACCCCGGUGUCGCCCAGUACCACAGGUGGGGGGAAGCUGGGGGAGAAGCUCCGGGGGUUGAAGUUGCAGACGGGUGAGAAGGAACUAUCGCCGAAGGGAGAGGGCCACGCCGCCACGGCCCGCCAUCUCCUCUCCCCGCAGUCCCCAGACGUCGCCGUCUCCUCCUUCACCUCCUUCCACACUCUCCACAGCAACACCAACAACAACACCACCACCACCAACAACAACAACAAGCAUCAACCAACCCAACCCCCCUCCGACCCGCCCACCCGCCCCAUCAUCGUCCACUACCCCCCCGAAUCCCUCCAAACCCACCAAUCCCCUGACUCCCACCACCAGCACCACCUACAACAAAACCACCAGCACCACCUCCACCACACCGGCUUCACCUCAAUAGGCUCGUUGACACACACCCACCCCUCCAGCGCCGAAUCCGGCGAGGAGCUCUUCGCCAAAGCCCUGAGUCCCCGCACGCCCGACCUGCCCCGGAGUCCAUUCUCCUUCAGCCCGGGGACCCUACAUAUGUGAGAUUAGUCCUUUCUCAAUAUUCUGCAUCUGCGACUUGGGUUAGGCUCUGUGUUAUUCUCUGGAAGGUUUGUUCUCGUCUAUAAAUAAGCCUAGCAUGCAUUUACUACAUCACCUUCGUUUUUUUGUUUUUGACUCUCUGCAUGAUGCUG